UGAUGAUGGGUGGUCGACGGAAAGCGGCAGAGGAGGCUCUCAAGCUACCACCGGACUCGUAGUGACAAACAUUGUUGUAAGUUAAGCUUGCAGUCCAUUUUGUCACACGCCGCCUCAAGAUCCGGGGUAACCACCAACCCCACCUCUCUGCUUAUUCCGACGAUGAUCAGAGUUAUACGAUCUCUCCCUCACCUUAACACCCAACUACGUUCAUGGCGUGCGCUCUCGACGACAACAACGAUGACGGUUCCUACCAAGGACCAAGGAAUUCUUCCCACUUUUCGCUCCCCCAUCGUGUCUGAGCUCCGGUUCUUCAAUUCGCUCACCAGUGAACAGGGACAGAUACCCACUUACAGAGUACUCGACGGCGUCGGCAUUCCGGUGGAAGGCGGACAACUUCCCGAGAUUAAUGAAGAAUUCGCUCGUAGACUAUAUGAGCACAUGGUCCGCUUACCGACUGUAGACAACGUCCUUUACAACGUGCAGCGUCAAGGCAAGAUUUCGUUCUACAUGACUUCUUAUGGCGAAGAAGCAACUAUUAUCGGCUCGGCCGCAGCACUGGCACCAGACGACGAGGUUUUAGGUGAGCAUGCACGUUUUGCCCCACCCCUUCACAGGAGCCUCAAAUCGGAGAUAGGACAGUACCGCGAAAUGGGUGUCCUAUUGUGGCGAGGCUUUGGGAUUGACGGUAUCAUGGCACAGUGCUUUGGCAAUCUUGAAGACAAGUCGGGCAAAGGGCGUCAAAUGCCAAUGGUACGUUAUCCCACUAUCACAUUGUCCUACCAGACACUAGCCUUUUCGCAGCACUUUGGAUCCCCGAAACACCACUUCCAUACGAUCUCGUCACCUCUAGCCACUCAGAUUCCCCAAGCUGCCGGUGUAGGCUAUGCACUCCGACGGGAUCCCGCCCGUAGGCACAAGAAUGUUGCCUGUGUUUACUUUGGAGAAGGCGCAGCUUCCGAAGGAGAUUUUCAUGCGGGAAUGCUCCUGGCAUCAACGAUUCCGUGUCCUACGAUCUUCUUAGCUCGUAACAACGGAUUCGCGAUCUCCACGCCCGCGCAUGAGCAGUAUGCCGGUGACGGUAUCGCCGCACGGGGACCUGGAUACGGUGUAGACACGGUUCGCGUGGAUGGGAACGAUAUAUUGGCGGUCAUGAAUGCCGUGACUGAGGCAAAGAGGCGAUGUCUAGCGAGUGGUCGGGCUGUCUUAGUGGAGGCGAUGACCUAUCGCGUUGGGCACCACUCGACUUCCGACGACUCCUUCGCGUACCGCGGGAGACAGGAAGUCGAGAACAGGAAGAAGAUCGAUAACCCGAUCACGCGGUUUAGACUAUUUAUGGAGUCGAGAGGCUGGUGGAAUGAUCAGGAGGAAGAGGCUCUCAAGUCGCGGCUGAAGAAGGACGUGCUGACUGUACUUAGGAAGGCAGAAAGUUUGAAGCAGAGUGAUUUGAGGGAUCUGUUUACCGACGUUUACGCUGGCGAGGAACCGUGGAAUUUGAGAGAACAAAGGGAGGAGUUGGGGGCCCUUCUCCGGAAGUAUGGUGAAGUAUGGCAACCGUGGCAGAGUGAACUCAAGCGGUUUAAGGACGAGGGCAAAAAGCUCAUGGAGUGACCGACGUUCGGAUGCUCGUGCUGCUUAGCAAGGAAUACGCUGCUGGCAUUGUAUACAGCCCCAACGUUGUCCAUAGUGUCAGUCCACAUUACACACCCGGACGGGGGAUGCACAUUCGAUGGUAUAAAGUAGAGCAUAACCUGCGUUCUACAUGACCGAAGAGAUCCAAUCCAGUGGUAUGCUUGUAAGAGAAUCAUAGAGACAAUGAAUUAAGAUUACACACUACUUGCUGUCCUCUUUACAGACCAAAUGUCAACAUGCCAUAUGCAGAUGCUGGGGAAAGGUAAACCAUGGAGGCAUUCAUUGUUGCGUUACA